GGAGCUGAGCGGGGUGAGACGCUGGGCGUUGCCGGUCUGACGUCGUCUCUGGCGCCUACACGGUCUAACAAAAGCCCCUGAGAAGCGGAUUAGCCCCGUUAGUUCUGCAGGACCGUAACACUGCUCUGUUUCAGUCUCUCUCUGCUAAAGGAACGAAAACCAAACCCCAGAAAGCAAGAUGGGCGUGGAAGGCUGCACGAAAUGCAUCAAAUACAUGCUGUUCUUCUUCAAUUUCAUCUUCUGGCUGGCCGGAUGUGUAAUCCUGGGUGUGUCUCUUUGGCUCCGCCAUGACCAGAAGACCAGCAGUCUGUUGGACCUGAAGUAUGAAGAUGCAUCAGCACCCAACACCUUCUACAUCAGUGUCUACAUCCUGAUUGCCGUUGGUGCCGUGAUGAUGUUUGUUGGGUUCCUCGGUUGCUAUGGUGCCAUCCAGGAGUCUCAGUGCCUGCUCGGAACAUUCUUCGCUUGCUUGGUCAUCCUGUUCGCCUGUGAGGUCGCUGCUGGCAUCUGGGGAUUCAUCCACAAAGACAAGAUUUCUAAAGAACUGAUCAACUUCUACGACUCUGUGUACGACAAAGGCAUGGGGCAGACUCUUCAGGAUAAAAAGGAUGCUGCAGCUGCUGUGCUGAAGGUCUUCCACGAAACUCUGCAAUGCUGCGGCAAAGAGGGGGUCACCUCAAUUUUCACUGGCUUUGCGACAGAUCUAUGCCCCAAGAAAGAUUCCAUAUUGGACAUUCAAGAGGGCUGUCACAGCAAAAUCAGAACACUCUUCACUGAAAAGAUCUACCUAAUUGGCAUUGCCGCCUUGGUUGUUGCUGUCAUCAUGAUCUUCGAGAUGAUCUUCAGCAUGGUGCUCUGCUGCGGUAUCCGAAACAGUCCUGUGUAUUAAAGCUGCUGAGGGGGCGGCGACGGGAGCUGUGGGGGUGUGGCGUCUGGUGACACCAGCCAAUGAAGUGAAGGGAAGCUUUUACUCCUGAUUUAAUUUUGUAUCUACACAUAAUUUUCCUAAUGUAGUCAGUUUGUCUCUUGGAACAAAUGAUUUUUAUUUCCCUAGUGUGUUUUCGUUGCUAUGAUACCACCGUCCAAUCACGAUCGUCCCUGUCUGCAGUUGUGUGGGCUGUGUGUGCUCUCUGGACUCCAGCUAGUUUAGGGGAACUUUGAUGGUGCACACAAUGGCAGACGGGUACAGUCGGAGUUUGGAUGCUCACACUUUAUAUAUAUAUAUAUACACACACACACACACACACAGAGUUAUCCAUCUGUUUGAUCUGUAAAUCUUAUCCUGAGUUCUGUAGUCUUCCUGCAUUAACAGUUAGAUGUUUUAUUAUUGCAGUUGAUUUCUUUUCUUUUUUUCUUUCUUGUUUUUAUUCAUUUUAGUAUGUAUAUGUAAAAAAAGGAAAAAAGCAAACUGUGUAUAUAUUUGCAGCCCUGUAUGACUUUCCAGCAUGGAUAUUGUACUAAACUGAUCCUCAUGACUUUCUUUUCCAAAUGUACGCUUGUCUGUUUGCUCAAAGUCUGUAUUAGUGAAAGAUUGGAGAAUGGAGGAAUUCAGAAAGUGAAACUACAUACUGGAAAUGAAAAUCUCAUGCUUGCAUUCUUGCAUAUCUGGUGUAGCCUCAGUAUUACGUAAGGCUGAUUUAUACUAACGCAUUGAGUCUAAGACGUAAGUGGCCUACACUGUUGUGAGCAUUUAUACUGUACAUUUCUGCAUCGUUUCCUGCUACAUUACAUUUCACGCUACACUUCACGUUACAUGUUACAUUUUUGCGUAGUCUAAGCAUGGUCUAAUGUCGUGUCACAGUAUGUUUCACGUUACACUUUACGUUUCACGUCACAUGAAACGUUACAUGUUACAUUUCUGCGUAGUCUAAGCAUGGUAUAACGCCGUGUCACGCUCCGUUUCACGUUAUGUUUCACGUCACAUGAAACGUUACGUUACAUUUCUGUGUAGUUUAAGCAUGGUCUAAUGUCGUGUCACAUUAUGUUUCAUGUAACGCAUUACAUUUCUCUGCAGAAAUGUAACGUGAAGAGAAAUGUAACUUGUUACAUUAAACAUAAUGUGACACGACAUUAGACCAUGCUUAAACUUUGCAGAAAGGUAACGUGAAAAGUUUAAGUGUGGUCUAAUGUCGUGUCAUAUUAUAUUUCAUGUCACGUGUUACAUUUCACUUCACAUUACAUUUCCUUCACGUUACACGCUACAUUUCCGCAUAGUUUGAGCAAGGUAUAAUGUUGUGUGACGUUACGUUUCAGGUCUCAUUACGUUUGAGUUCACUUUACAUUUCAUGUUUCACGUUACAUUUCUGCUUAGUCUAAGCGUGGUCGAAUGACAUGUCAUGUUACGUUUCAUGUUACACGUUACAUUUUGAGUUACAUGUUACGUUUCAUGUUACGUUUCUGCUUAGUCUAAGUGUGGUCUAAUGUCAUGUCAUGUAACGUCACAAAAAAACGUAACAUUUCGAGUUACAUGUUACAUUUCAUGUUCUAUUUCUGCUUAGUCUAAGCGUUGUCUAAUGUUUGAAGUUACGUUUCAUGUUUCACGUUACACAUUACAUUUCACUUUACAUUUCUGCAUAGUUUAAGCGUGGUCUAAUGUCAUGUCACGUUACAUUUCGAGUUACACGUUACAUUUCAUGUUACAUUUCUGCUUAGUCUAAGCGUGGUCUAAUGUCAUGUUGUUGUUAUGUUUCAUGUAACUCUACAUUUCGCGUUACACUUCACAUUACACGUUACACGUUCUGCAUAGUUUAACAUGGUCUAAUGUGUCAUGUUACGAUUCAUGCAACGUGUUACAUUUCUUGCCACAUUACACGUUAAAUUUCUGUGUGGUCUUAGCAAGGUGUAGGGUAUGUGCCUGCACAUAGAUUCGGCACAAAUCAUAAAUUGGCCUGUAGUUCAGCAACCAAUCACAGUCUGUGUUACCACAACACAUCAUUACAUUUCUGGGUAGAUGUGCGUCAUCACAACACCACAGGGUACACGACCAUGCCUGGGAUUCACUUCAUUUUAAUGUAGACUACAGCGCUGUAGACUCAACGCUGAAGCAUAAUUUGGCCUUUUUAGCCUUUGCUUCAUCUGGACCAUCCAAUACUGUACUGCCAGCUCUCGUCUCUGCAAGCACUGCAAGCAUGCUCACGCUUCUAAACUCCAAACUAAACUCAACUUCAUCAAAUCAGAGGAUUCAAAGUCUUUAGAAUGAAAGAAGUAUCUCUCUUUUUACUCCACACACCUUAUUUAGCAGCAUUUCCCUGCAUGCUCUUCUCUGCAGAGGGAGGCCGGAGACCUGUAGGUGUAGUACGCACCGCUAUACUUGCUUAGCUUUGCCCCGCCUUCCAGAUAUGCAGAACGAAGAACGCCGGCCGUGCCCUCCACGCCCUCCACGCUCUGACUAACCCAAGCCAUAGUGAGCUCUUACUUAUUAUAUACAUAUAUUAUAUACACUUAUACCUCCCAGCCUUAUUGACCGAAUGUUCUAACCUGUUAAAAAUCAAAUAAAAUAGAAUAAAAGAAGAUCAAAAAGAUAAAAUAACGUUGAGACUGCAUAUUUAGAAUGUCCUGUGGAUUCCUAGUGGAAUUUCCUACUCUUAUAUAUAUAUUGUACACUAUCUUCUGUGUAGCCAUCCGCAGGAAUGCUGUGUUCUAGAAGGGAAAAAAAAGAUGCAAAGAAAAGAAACACAAUUAAUAUGUUUUUUUUUUUUUUUUUUUUAAGUUACUUUUUACAAAAUGCUAAAAAGAAAUAUGGCCGACACCUUUUUUGCCAAAUCUCCUGCGAUGCCAGGAGUUGCUCAACAAUGUAAUACAAUGUCAUAGCUGUAUAGUGUCACGAAUUACUCUACUGAGAAUACUGUAAGUAGUUUGAGUGUGUGAGUGUGUGUGUGUGGUGUGUGUGUGUGUGUGUGUGUGUGUGUGUGAUGUGUUGACAAUAGGGUCCUUUCAGAAAGUGUUAAAAAAAAGGUUUAUUAGGAUGGUUUUGCCAAGAUCUGUCACUGCCACUCCUCCUGGUCACAGUAUGUAACUGUAAUACCUCUGCUGUACCGCUAGGUGCCGCCAAAUGCCAUGAAUUUGGCAUCGUUUCCCAAGCAGUGUGUACAAAUGGCACAAAUAAACCGGAAGUGUAAUUUUUUAGCUCUAACUUUAAACACUUCCCUCUUAACUGCAAACAAUGUUAAUUGGUGCUUUUGGGAAACCUCCCCCUUUCUGAUGAUAAUAGAUAUCUGCUGAAUAGCGAUUGUACACUCCUCCUCUUCAGUUGAUCACAUCUUACCUAAAACCAACACACACACACACACCUGUACACACCCAAUACACACUCAAUACACACUCAUACUCAUAUACACACACGCACACACACACAUGCACCACACAUUUUUCUUUAUUUUUGUCUUUUCCUACAUGCCAUCUGCAAGCUCAACCUCUCUUAUCUUGUCUUGUUUAACACAUAAUGCCUAUGCUGAUAUGCUGAAAAUUGUCUUGUAAUAUGUACAGCUAUAUAUUAUUGUACUAAUGACUAUGUAAAGGCAACGUAUGCCUUUUAUUGUGAUAUCUUUUUUUCUGGUACUUUGUCAAAAAAAGAGAAAGAGGGGCAGAGAUUUCAGGUGAAGCACGCCAGGCUUUUAAAGGUCAAGAAUUUUGUCAUCAGCCGACGUAAUGCAUUAGAAUGAUAACGAUUAAAUCGAACUGAUAUAAUGAAAAUGAUGAUCUAUUGCAUUGAUUGGGACCUUGCUUAUUAUCCGUUCAGCAGAACUCAGCCUGGCAGCUCUCGCUCAAUUCUCUGCCCUGACUCACAAGUUAUAGUUUUUGUUUCGGUUUUGUUGCCCAAAUACUUAGGGAUUAAAUGUAUUUUACAAAUAAAAAUUGUGUGACCGUG